GGGGCCGUCACUUCCUGGCCCUGCAGCCGCCGGCAGCGAGGCGACAGCCGGGGCCGGGGGCGGCGGCUCCCGCAGCCCGCCCGCCACCAGCACCGCCACCACCAUGCCCUUUGACUUCAGGAGGUUUGACAUCUACAGGAAGGUGCCAAAAGACCUUACACAGCCAACCUACACAGGGGCCAUUAUCUCUGUCUGCUGCUGUCUCUUCAUAUUGUUUCUCUUCCUGUCGGAGCUCACCGGAUUCAUAGCCACUGAAAUAGUUAAUGAGCUCUAUGUGGAUGACCCAGACAAAGACAGCGGAGGUAAAAUAGAAGUGAACCUGAACAUCAGUUUGCCAAACCUGCACUGUGAAUUGGUUGGACUGGACAUCCAGGAUGAAAUGGGAAGGCACGAAGUGGGUCACAUUGACAACUCGAUGAAGAUCCCUCUCAAUAACGGGGAUGGCUGCAGGUUCGAGGGCCAUUUCAGCAUCAACAAGGUCCCUGGCAACUUCCACGUGUCGACGCACAGCGCGACGGCGCAGCCCCAGAACCCCGACAUGACUCACGUCAUCCACAAGCUCUCAUUUGGGGACAAGUUACAGGUCCACAACGUUCACGGAGCAUUCAAUGCCUUGGAGGGAGCAGACAAGCUCAGCUCAAACCCCCUUGCCUCUCACGACUACAUCCUGAAGAUUGUCCCCACGGUGUACGAGGACAUGAGCGGCAAGCAGCGGUACUCCUACCAGUACACGGUGGCAAAUAAGGAAUACGUAGCCUACAGCCACACCGGCCGCAUCAUCCCGGCCAUCUGGUUCCGGUAUGACCUGAGCCCCAUCACAGUGAAAUACACAGAGAGGAGACAGCCUUUGUACAGGUUUAUCACAUCGAUAUGUGCCAUCAUUGGAGGAACAUUUACUGUAGCUGGGAUCCUCGACUCCUGCAUUUUCACAGCAUCAGAGGCCUGGAAGAAGAUCCAGCUGGGCAAAAUGCAGUAGCAGUGAAACUCUACCCUCGACUCCAAGGACAGGAGCAAAGAUUGAGAGAUCUACCACUACCUGUUUUUGUCUUUAUUUUCUAUUUGAUUGAAUCAGUAUGUUUUUCUCUAAUCAGGCUGUUCAGUGAAGACGUCUUCAACAAAUCAAAGAAAUCUCCAUGCAUUUCCGAGCUCUGAGAGGGAAAAAUAAGUGGAAUCAGGGUGUGGAUUUCGAUUCCCUCCCCCCAGAAAGAGAGGUUGAAAUGCCAUAUCAGAUCUAAGUAAGGAUGACAGUCUGUCCUCUGGGAGGUCGCUAUGGCAGUGCACAGACUAGGGAGUAGAUGGCAAAGAGCUGAACUGUCUUGUGGCACUUUUUGGAGUUCUGUUGGAUUUGCAUGAUCAGACAAUCGACUUUUGUAUAGGGCAAAAUUACACAUGAGGAAGAAAUUCCACCCAUGGUGCCAAAAAGGUGAUGUAUCUGUUGGUGAGGAAUGGAAAGUGUUAGUCCCCACAGCAAACCUAAGAGACAGAGGGCAGAAAUAACGUAUCAAGAAAUGUUCUAUGCUUUUAUUGAAAGCUCAGUUGUUCAGAUACAACCUUUCUAAUGAAGUGAACAAAGGAGAAGAGGAAGCCUUCCCCAGCUACCUUUUCCUGGGUAAUCUGUGAUCCCAGCAGUGGAGGGCAUUUCUUUUACUCUGGAUGUAAAAGUGGUUUCAUUUCUUCCCACUAACUGAAUAUCCAGUCUUGUGUUUACAGGUGGCAUGAAGUAAAAACCAAACUGAGCAACACAGUUUUAUGUGGCCUUUGCUUUGAAAGGGAAUAGUUGUCUUUACAGCAUUAGCUUUUAUUUCUUCUGUUUUUAAACACAGACCACCCAAAAGUCUGGAUUCUGCACUUCUGCUUUAUUAUUGUUGUUAUCGUUUUUUUUUUUGAAAAGAGGUUGUACAUUCUCUGUGCUCAGAAAAAUGGUGCAGCCUUCUGGGUGGAUGAGCACAGCUUCCCCUCUUGCUCUGUGUGUGUGUAUUCAACACACCUGUCAAACACAGGAAUUCUGACUUUUCAGGAUUUAAGGUGCCUCCCUUUUCCUUUAAAACUCAGUCAGGCAUCUUUUCUGAGCCCUGGACUGACACUGCUCUCCCACAGGUACACAGGGCAGCAUUCCCACAGGCUGACCCUUGCUGGGAGUUUUCUUUGAUUCCUUAAAAUGGUACCUGAGCUUCCCUGUCCAUUCCUUCAAGCCUUGUCUUCUGGAGCCUCCAAAAAACGGAGAUGUGAGGGGAAAACUCCUGCCAGGGCUGUGUUGCAUGUUGUGGUGGGCAUGAGGUCACAAAAAUGAGACCAAAUGCCCGCCAGUACAUUUUCCAGAGCCUCAUCAAUGUUCCUUGAGUAGUGACAGUCUCCGCAUGCCUUGUGAAUGUCUGAGCUGAGGAUACACAAAUUUUAAGUGUUCCAGGAUGGAUAAAAGAAGAAAAAAAAUAAAUCAUAAAAUAAAAAUCUUGAACUCAGUGCUGUAAAUUCUAAGAUGGGUGCAGAGUUUCUCUUGGGUGAUACCCAUUGCCUUUUCCUGGAGGCAGACUAUCCAAACUUUAUGCUGUGAUGAUACAAAUCGUUGAAUAUUCAGUGUUACUGUUAGAGUCAGAUGCAUUUCAGAAGAAUUCCUGAUUGUCUGUUGAAAUUGUCUCGUUGCUUUGGAACCAGGGAAGGUGCAGCCAGUUUUAUCCACCCACCAAGAAGAAGCAGCCAGCUGCUCUCCCCCUGCCAUGCUCUGCCCUGUAGUGACUUCGGACAAGCGACAGCACUGGAGUUUUUCCCUUGUUGUUACUCCGGACUGAUUGCUCUUACUUUAGGUGUAAACUGGAUUGUGUGACUUCCUGGACCCCUUCAUGUAUGGAUAGAUUUUUUUACAUUUUUUUCUUUUUCCAUUUACAAAAAUGAACUUGAAAAUGAGAUGCUUAUGUUCAUUUGGGGCACGUGUCUGUGUGCCUGCGAGCGGUACCCUCUGGAUGUGGGAUUUUCCAUGGCAAUUGCUUCUCCUGCUGGCUGAAGGAUUUCCUCUAAUCCACUGUGACCAGCUGAAGCUCACAGCUAAAAUGUCCUAGUUUUUCCUUUUGGAUUUGGUGAGUCUUUGCUGACAGCUUGGGAACAGUGGAUUACAACGAUGAAAUUUUUAAUAUUUUAGCAUCUUCCUUAUGCUGAGAUUUAUUUAGUGCACCCUUCUCCUGAGCUGGGCAAGGGGAGAUCUUUGCAGAAAAUUUCAUUUUCUGAAAUUUCUCCCCCAGUACAAUUUCUUUGACACAGACAAAGUGGGUUGCAGAUUCCUUGUGUCCCCUGGUGUGUUAUUUCCAUCCUGCUCCCCAUUCCCCAUCUGUAUUAAACUGCCUCCUGUGUAGUCCAGGCCAGUUCUCUGAACCAGACCAGUGAAAUUGGUUGGUUUGUUUUGGUUUUUUUUUUUUUGGAAAUAAAACACUUCAGCGUGCCUGCUCUCUCUGCCAAAAUAUCCCCAGUAAUAAGGUAAUUAAUAAGGUAAUAAAUCACUUUUUUUUUUUUUUUUUUUUUUUUGGCUAGAUGUGGAAAACAAAUUGUACUCAAGUUAGGAGAAAUAGUCUGUACCUUGGUUCUCUAAACCAGGUCUAAGCCUUUGAGUGCUACCAAGCCAAGGCCACCUUCUGGGGCUGCUGGAAGUUGGGCUGAGCUUUUCCUUCAGGCGUGGCUGGCUCGGGUCACACCGUGGCACUGCAUCGUGUGUUUACAGAAGAAUCUGCUCUUCAUCUCUCCAAAUGUGAAAGCAAGGCAUUUACUGCCUCUGCAUCCAUGAGAUUUCACUUCCAUUUUUAAUUUUCUGAAGACAAGAUGAGCUUAGUUGUGCUUUUAGAUGUCCUUGCAAACAAAAGAAUUUUGAAUCAGAGCAGAAGGAAAGCCUCGGUUGUAGGUGCUCAUCCCUCUUCCUGACUUUGCCCUUUCAAGUCAGUGUUUUCAUUGAAGUGUUUGGGUUUCCAAGAAAGACAUCUCUGUAGGAAGUAAAAUAUUUGAAACUCCCAUUUUAAACUACUCCCUGUAACUCCAGACUCCACCCUAUGGUGCGAACUUGAGGCAUAGAAUGCUUUGCAAUGGUGGAAUUAAAAACUUGUAGCUCUAGGGAAAGUUAUUAGGUGUAUUCUAGGCAGUAUCUGGACUGCUGAAGAGGAUUUUUUAAAGAAAAUAAAAUGAAAGUGGGGUACAAAAAUCCGGGAGAGAUGCAUCUGUGAAUGUUUGAUCUGAUCUCUCAAAUACUUGCAUUCGACUGCGCUGUCAGAAGUGAGGUCUGCGAUGUAGGUGGCCCUGUGUGCCACCAGUUCCUGAGUCCUUCUCAUUUAAUGUCCUUUCUCUGUGUGACACACGGGCUGCUGGGGCUGGCAGUGGCUGGGAUGAGUCUCUGCUUUAGAAGGGUUGUUUGAAGUUGCAAACUGGGGGUGUCAGUGAGGGGUUUCUCCUUGGAAUGUGGGAGAGGGGGGCAGGGAGGAGGGGCAGCCCUGCGGUGUCUGGUACAGCGACGUUUAAAGCACAAGUCUUCGACAUUUCUACAGUGGAGACUGUUAAGGAGUUCUGGCAUUUGUCUUUAAUUUACAACCUUAUGUUAAUAAACUAUUAGCCUUUAUAGUUCCAUAAUUAAAAAUAAAACUCUUACGUGUUUUGA